AGAGAAACCCGGCAGCAUGUUUUCAGCGACAAACAAAGUGACGGCCGCCUGUGUCGUGGCAAUAAUGAUGAUGAUGAUGAUCACAGAGGCAGCGGCCAUGCCGAAGACAGGAAGGACACACAAGCAUGGUGCAACGCUUGAAACAGUCUCCCUGCAGCUGGACGCCAAAACUCUGGAAACCCACAGACACACCAGGCUGCUGAACAACGCCUCCAUCUCGCCAUGGACGUACAACGUCACCACCGACGACACUCUGUUCCCUCCCUUCCUGUCGGAGGCUCACUGCCUGCUGCAGGGCUGCCUGAACUUACAGGGCCAGGAAGACCGGAACCUGGAGUCCAGACCCAUCAUGCACCAGGUGCUGCUGCUGCGGCGCAUCAGGCCAGAAGGGUCGGCAGACUACCACUACCGCCUGGAGUCCCGCCUCAUCUCGGUGGGCUGCACCUGUGUCAAGCCUGUGGUCCGAAUCCAGCAAUGAGGACCAGCAAAACGGGCUCAUGUACGGAAGACCGGGAAUGUCGAGAGAAAACGAAAUUAGGGGUCCAUACAUGUAAAAUGC